AUGGCAGUAUCGGCUACCCAGGGCGACCUCGAAGACUCCGAGAACGAGGCGCCGCUUGAGACAGACCCGACCAAUCGGUUUCAGCGCUGCGAUGAGGUUCUCGGCGAGGGCGCCUACAAACUCGUCUACCGCGCCUGCGACCUCGAAGAAGGAAAUGAGGUUGCCUGGAACCAGCUGCGAUUCGACCAUCUCUCCAAACGGGAAGCCCAAAAGAUCCUCUCCGAGAUCGAGAUCCUCCAGUCCAUCCGCAACGACCACAUCAUCAACUUUUAUGCUUCCUGGUCAACCCCUGCGACACAUGCUGGAGGAGAACGCAUCGUCUUUAUCACCGAGCUCAUGUCUUCGGGCACCCUGAAGCAAUAUCUCAAAAAGACGCUAAAGGGCGCACUCAAGCCCAAGGUCGUAAAGUCCUGGUGCCGACAAAUCCUCCAGGGACUCGCCUACCUUCAUACCCACAGCCCGCCCAUCAUCCACCGCGACCUCAAGUGCGACAACAUCUUUAUCAACGGCAACAAUGGCCAGCUCAAGAUUGGUGACCUCGGCCUCGCUGUUGUCCGUCACCGCACUCACGUCUCCUCUGUCCUCGGUACUCCCGAGUUCAUGGCCCCCGAGCUCUACGAUGAAAAGUACGACGAGAAGGUCGAUAUCUACGCCUUUGGCAUGUGUGUCCUGGAAAUGGUUACCAAGGACUAUCCUUACGCCGAGUGCACGAACCAGGCCCAGAUCUACAGAAAGGUCUCCCAGGGCAUCAAGCCGCAAGCACUCGAGCAUGUCCAGGACCCAGAGAUCCGAGAGUUUAUUGAUCGUUGUCUGGACCACGAUGCGACAACUCGCCCCUCAUCCCAGGAGCUUCUUGACUCGGACUUUUUGAAGCCUUGCGCAGCCUUGACUUCGCCAUACGGUCUUGACAGCCACGAUAUGCUCGACCCUCUGAACCAGCCCUCUCUUAUGUAUUCGACAUCUUCCUCCGUCUCUCUCAACUCUGCCAGUCCGCUACCUAUUUCCGUGUCAGGCAUUAUACCAUCUAGAAUUCAGACUGCGGCCCUGGCCCCGGUCCCAGUCGCCCCGCGCCCCGGCACUAUACCCGCAGCAGAGUUCACCCUGACAACGGUCGAUGUCGACAAUAAGACAUAUCACAUUCGCUCCAACAUCUUGCCGCCUACACCUCCAUUAACCAGCCAUGUCCUCGAGCCGGUUCCUCCCAUUGGAAGUGAAGCCAUGCUGUUGGCGGUUGAAGCUGCAGCUGCGGCCACAAAGUCUCCCGCAAGGGCUGCUCCAGCUCAUUCUCAUGGCGACUCUACCAAGAUGUGCUUUAUCCAGGUCGUACAGUAUGGACAGUCUGUUGGAAGCCGCUUGAACUUCAAGAUGGAGUGUACUUGCCCUGUUGUUGGCGGAGGGUCCGGACCUGCUGGCACGCACGAGAUCAAAUUUCCUUUUGACACCGAUGUUGACACUGUGGAGGAAGUUGUCGCUGAGAUGAUUCGCGAGCAGAUCCUGUCUUCCGAAGACCAAGGCGAGGCCGUCUCCAGGAUUCAGGAGCUUGUUACAGCAAUCUUGGCUGCCAAGAAGGAGGAGGCCAAGAGAGCCACCGAGAGUCUUCACGCAGUGCUGCCUGUCUCUCAACCCGUCUCCCAGUCUAUUACCCAAGGUGCUCUCACCAGUCUGCCAUUGGCCGUUCAGCCUGCUCAAUCGCCUCCAUUGGUCUGGGGAGAAUCUACCCUGAGCCCUGAGAGCGACCAAGGCUACGCGAGCUCGACCUCAAUCAGGCUUCAUCAAUCAGAGAUCCCUCUGCCCCCGGCCACUAUCAAGCUUCACCAUUCAGAGAUCCCUGUGCCUUUGAUGAUGAUUUCUCCUCCCCUCAAACCUGUCCAGCUCCAUCCCCUAGCGGCAAACGAGAUCAUACCCAAGCGGGCGCCUAUUGAGGGUAAACCCCGGUCGGUAACCUACUCAGAUGUCACACAGCUUUCUCAAGGCAUGCCUCGCUCUCUGUCGCCUUUGUUGCAACAACGCAAUGCUUCCCGCGGUCCUACUGUAGGACCAUCGCGUCCAAAGAGCGUCCACGACGUCAAUUACAGGUCUACCUUCCCUGUCUCCCUCGACCGCAAGUUGGUUCCUGACAACACCCUGGCUGCAUCUUCAUCCACGCUGCCCAACCCUUCCUUCAAGCCCGUCGUUGCCAAAACUAUUGAGCGAUCAAGAAGCGUCAGCAACGCCGUCUUUGACAAGGACGACGACGUUGGCUAUACCUCGCCUUUCCGUCACGGAGUGUCAAGUUCGUCCAUCAAGAGCCGAGGUUUCAGUCGCGGCCAUGCUCGGUCACCCUCGUGUGACCUGGCGUCGCUCAUCCCUCAUUCCAUGGGCGUCCCUACCUCAUUGCGCAUCUUUAACCCACCAGAAGCGUCAACCAACGGUGACUUUAGAGGCAAGGCCCCAUCUGAAGCUGGCUACUCAAUGGCGGCACCGAUUCCGGCGUUUGGAAAGGCUGUUGUUGGUCGACCUUCGAUUGCUGCCACUAUCGCCUCCAGUGCCCCCGUCUCGUCUUUCCUGCUCAGGGAGCCAACACCUCGUUUGGCGAACGAGACUUUGACAGCAACAUCCUCUCAAGUCCUCAAGGGCGAUGUUCUAUCGCACCCUGCGGACUCGACACUCACUGCACAAGGAACAGGAUCUGAUUCGGGAAUUUCCAGCGGAGUAUCGAGCCCUGCGUCAACCCUGCUACAAAAUCACACUGUGCCCACUGUGGCAGAAGUUCCAUUCCAGCCCACAAUCGCCUCGCAGGAUCUUCUUUCACCCUUCUCUGCGCCGUCAAUCUCAACUUCGUCUCGUUCGCAUUCUUUGGACCCCAUGAGUAGUAGUCUCACCAGCGAGGGGCUCUUUCCGAUUUUGAUGACGCAUGAGGCCAAGAAGAACAUUGAGCUCUGGUCAGACCAUGUUCAACAAAGGACCGCAUCGGUCGUCUCGGGACCCGAAGAUCUGCAGCGCGUGCCACAUACCGCGUCGCUUCCCUCAUCCAGCUGCACAGAUAUGUCGGACGAUGAAGAAGAAGAGGACAACGAGGACGACGUGGACUUGCAGUUGCUGAAGGAACAGCAGAGGAAAGAGCUGGAGUGGAUGCGAUUGCAGCAUGAGAUGCAGUGGGAGGAGAUGAUGAAGCUGAAGGAGCAACGCGACAAGACCGGCGAGCCCAGGAUGCGGAGGACCAGCCAUGUCAGCGGCACGUCCUGGCCAACGACCAUUAUGGAUUCUCUGUAA